CAACAAAAACAGCUGUAGCGUCUGGAAAACGUUUGUUUACAACGAAAACGAGCAGAGAAAAACUAAUUAACGCCGGUAACUUGCUAAAAUUAAGUGUUUAAAAUGUCGCUAGCUGAUGAGUUACUUGCUGAUCUCGAAGAGGACAAUGACAAUGACAUUGACGAUGCCGAAAUGGCCGACGCCGACGAGGUGGAGCAGGCGACGCUUACCAACGAGCUGGCCGAGAAGCUGUUGAAGCCGACGCCAAACCUGAUGGAAGUGGAUGUGACGGUUCAAUCCGUACGGGAACUCUGUAAACUGCGCGACUCGGAUCGACUGCAGAACACAUUGAAGCAGAUCGAGCACUAUGCCAGUCGGCAGCGCAGUGCCGCCGAAAUGUUGGGCAGCGUGGAAUCCGAUCCGGAAUAUUGUCUAAUUGUGGAUGCGAAUGCAAUCGCCGUGGAUGUGGACAACGAGAUAUCCAUAGUACACAAGUUCACCAAGGAGAAGUAUCAGAAACGGUUCCCUGAGCUCGACUCGCUGAUUGUGGGCGAAAUUGAGUAUCUGCUGGCUGUCAAGGAGCUGGGCAAUGAUCUGGACCAGGUCAAGAACAAUGAGAAGCUGCAGGCCAUACUGACACAGGCCACCAUUAUGAUUGUCUCGGUGACAGCAUCCACCACACAGGGAACCAUGUUAACGGCCGCAGAGAAGGCCAAGAUCGAUGAGGCCUGUGAAAUGGCCAUUGAGCUGAACAACUACAAGUCAAAGAUCUAUGAGUAUGUCGAGAGUCGAAUGACAUUUAUAGCACCCAAUCUAUCCAUGAUUGUGGGUGCCUCCACGGCCGCCAAGCUGCUGGGCAUCGCCGGCGGAUUGACCAAGCUAUCCAAAAUGCCCGCCUGCAAUGUGCAGGUGCUGGGCUCCCAGAAGAAGACUCUCUCGGGCUUCUCACAGACCCAAAUGUUGCCACACACAGGCUACGUGUAUUACUCACAGAUUGUGCAGGACACGGCGCCAGAUCUGCGACGCAAGGCAGCUCGUCUGGUGGCUGCCAAAUCGGUGCUGGCUGCUCGUGUGGACGCUUGUCACGAGAGCGUGCAUGGUGAGAUCGGGUUGAAGUUCAAGGAAGACAUUGAAAAGAAGCUGGACAAGCUGCAGGAGCCGCCACCGGUGAAGUUCAUCAAGCCGCUGCCCAAGCCCAUCGAGGGCAGCAAGAAGAAACGUGGUGGCAAGCGGGUGCGCAAGAUGAAGGAACGUUACGCCUUGACCGAGUUCCGUAAGCAGGCGAAUCGCAUGAAUUUUGGCGAUAUCGAGGAGGACGCCUAUCAGGGCGACUUGGGUUACUCCCGCGGCACAAUUGGCAAAACGGGCACCGGUCGCAUUCGAUUGCCGCAGCUGGAUGAGAAGACAAAGGUUCGCAUCAGCAAGACGCUGCAGAAAAAUCUACAGAAGCAACAGGUCUACGGCGGCAACACAACUGUGAAGCGUCAAAUCUCCGGCACAGCAUCCAGCGUGGCAUUUACCCCGUUGCAGGGUCUGGAAAUUGUGAAUCCACAAGCAGCAGAAAGAUCCCAAACCGAAGCCAAAUAUUUCUCAAACACAUCCGGCUUUUUAUCCGUGGGCAAGCGCACGACCUAAAGCUGUUUCGAAUCAACGAUUCCGUUUCUUAUAAAUAUAAGCACUUUAUUUAGAGAUUUGUCUGGCAUUGUGAAAAAUUCGCUGCACUAUGGAAUGAGUUAGGACUAAUAAAGCUGGAGAGAUUCUUGAAA